CACAGACACAUGCGUGCACACAUGCGAGCAGCCAUAAGUGAGCCAGUCGCCACUGCAGAUCACACACACACUCACACACACACACACACACACACACACACAAGCAAGGAGCAUUACAGUGGGACGACUUAACGCUUUUAGGUGCUGCUGAAUAUGAGGCAACGUCAACGCUGAGCAAAAACGCUGACCGUUUUUUCCGGGGAUGCUGGUCUCUUUGGCAUUUCUCUCAACUUUCCUUCAUUUAACCCGAGAAUACCACUGAACCACUUUCAAGAAGUAGUCUGAGGUGCCUGGCCUGCCAGCGGGGAUGUCCAGAGCCACAAGAUCAGCUUCUCGGUCUCGGAGUCACUCGAGGUCCCGAUCGCGCUCCCGAUCCCGGUCCACCUCGCACUCUCAAAGAAGUCACUCCCGCUCCCGCUCCAGGAGACAUCGAUACAGCUCUAGGUCACGGUCUCGAUCACGGUCCCGGUCAAGAUCUCAAUCGCCACUUUAUAACCGCGACAAGAAAUAUCAGAACAGCCGUGAGUUACGGGGAUAUCACCGCGGCUUCCGGAGGCCGUACAACUUCCGAGGCAGAGGACGGGGCUACUUCUCACGUGGACGAUACCAGCGUGGUGGUGGCGGCGGCGGCGGCAGCAGCAGAGGUUACAAUAACAACAACAACAACAAUUAUAAUUUUCGUAACAACUGGAAAAAUUACAAGCAGAACCCGCAGAAGCAGCAAAAACAGCACCAUCAAAACCAGUCCCGAGGGCGACCCUACCUCCAGAAAUUCUCUGGAAGCCCCCCUCCUCCAGGACAAUCCCACCACACUGACCGAUCCCUUUCUCCAUUAUCAAGGCAAUCUCAACAUUCUAACGCUUCCUCUCAUGGCUCUUCUCCCAAAGCCUCUUUGGUGGCUAAUCAGAGUUCCAACAAUGUAAAAGAGGAGCUCUUGGCCAAGGAGGCCCAGAAAGAAGGUGCAGAUGGGGAGCAAUUUGAGGUGGGAGAUGCCCAAGGUCCAGGUGGUGGGUCAACUGAGGGGGGCUGGCAUAUUCUGACUGAAUACAACAGCAGUCCAAAGAAAGCCAGUCCAGAAAAUCUUGCUGUCAAUCUUCAGAACAGCCAAAACUCAAACCAGACUGGCAGCUCAUCUCAGAAUGACACCAGCAACGGUGCCACCUCUUGGGAGACGGUGUGUAAUGCACCAACUACACAAAUGUCCCAGGAAGCGCUAAACCAAAUGCUUUCAAGCCUUGACAUAUUCAAGAGCGAGGAAUUCCCUGAUGGAGACAAAGCAGCCAUCUCCAUCGCUUUCAGAAAGUUUCUGAAGGAGCACAAUAAAAAACCCAAACCCAGUUGGGAAAACAAGAGCACAGAGGCAAAUACUGUAGACCAUGAAGCCGAUAUAAACGGUCCAGCAGCGGCAGGUGUCGCUGAGCCACCGUCAAAGUGCCACACAGAAGACCUCAACGGCAAAGUGACUUUAAAUCAUUUACUUCAGGAUUCUCCUUCUGCAUCUGAGGCGGAGGAGGACGAAAUCCUCCGCAAACCUCACUCAAAGUCGCAGAACAAAGACAGGCACAAUGGAGAUGUUGACAAGGCGAAUCCAAAGGUUGCUCAUUCAUCCAGAGAGCCGGUCGAGGAGUGCUUUGACAGAUGGCAAAGCGUGGCCUCCUCGCAGGGACCCGACAGCGAAUCCAGCGCUCUCGGAGAGGAGAGGUACAAUGCUCUGCGAUCGGCUGCCAUUGCUCGCCGGGAAAUGUCGGGAACCUUUGAAGAGCUGGGUUGCAAACCCAUGAAAAUAUCGAAAUCUGUCUCGACGCCAUCUCCCGUGCCACUGUUGAGGCGGGACUCUGACAGGGAGAUGUUUCUGAUGACAGAAGAGGACUCAGCGUUGUUGUCCUUGAGAAAACCUGAGCCCAAGAUUAAUGUCAGAAUGGAUUUCCUUGGAGACAGCAUGAUAGGCACUUCGGAGAUUUUAGCUAAGGAGCGACAGUUGUCUCAGGACCUGGUGCAAUCGUCAAAGAGAGGUCAGGAGUUCCGCUCCAUCUUUCAACACGUUCAGACUGCGCCGAUGCAGAGAACUACCGCCGAGCUGUUUGCUCAGCACAUUGUGACCAUCCUGCACCACAUCAGAGCUCAUCACUUUGCCUCUUCCCGAAUGACUCUCAAUGAGCGAUUCACCAUGUACCAAAGGCAAGCUGCGGAGAGGGAGAGCAUGAAACCCAGAAAAAGCCCAGAGAUUCACAGGAGAAUUGACGUAUCACCAAGUGCUUUUAAGAAACACUCAAAGGUUUUUGAGGCAAUGAAAAGCUCAGAGGAUGGCACUAACAAGGAUGUUGGGGAAAAAACAAAGGGUGACCCAAUGGACCUUCGGUUGGAUAUCGAACGGCGUAAAAAGUACUCCGGCCGUGAACGAGAUUACGAUCAGGACGGGCUUGCUGACUCCCCAGACACGAAUCGCGAGAAACCCGAAGAAAAGUUCCCCAAGAAAUCCAAUGAGAGUAAGUGCUCUCGCUCCAGGUCAUCCUCCUCAUCAUCCUCCUCAAAGUCCCUUCAGGAUGACGUGCCCAAGGCCGAGCUCAAAAGCGACGGCUUUAACAGGGCUCCGACUGAGACCACUGCAGAGAAACAAACAACGUGGAGAGAAUUUCAAGUACGAUUUCGCGGAGGAGGCUGGAAGAAGGGAAACCACCCGGGAGACUGCAAUCCAGACAUUGCAGGAGCACCCAAAAAUAAAGACUGGGAUAAGGAAAGUCCCCCAAAGAGCAGAGCAUACUACUUGCACGAUGAUAGAGACGCCAAGGUAGAAGCCAGCAAGCAGAUGGACAACCGAGGAGGGCUUGGCGGCGGUGGCUUGUCACGUGGAUGGCCGAGGUUUAUCAUACGAAAAACCAACGUCGGGGGAGCCAACAUCACGUGGGCCCAAGAUAAGUUCCUGGUCAACGGAGAGAAAAGUGGCAUGCAGGAAGACCAUACAGAACGGCAAAAGAAAGAUGGAAAUACUUGAGCGUCCACAUCUUAAGAGACCGUUCUCAAACGGGAUCCGAUUCGCAUCCACUGGAAUAAUCGACAAAUGCUGAUUCCAGAAGUUUAACAUCUGACUUCAGUUCUUUCAAGAUGACUCACUGGUACUUGACAGUCACCGUGCAUUACUGUUUCACAUACCUUACCUGGUAGUAGUUUUUUUUGAGUGCACGUAAAAAAAAAAUAAUAAAAAUUCUGCUUUGUGCCUACAACUUGACAGUUUUUGAAAUUCAAAGACCGCAUCAGUUGGGGAAGGAAUGCUGUUGUUAGAAGAAUGAUGGAUUAAACUGUUGAAUUGUACGACGCUUUUUCGGUAGUUCUAGUUGUGUCUGAUACUGGAGGGAUGGAUUGAAGAGCACUUUUGUUGGCCUGGAUCAGACAAAGGGACCAACUUGUAAGGGGUCAUCAAAAAGUCAAGUCAUCUGUCAGAUUUACAAUAUCUUAGCAUAAAGCAAACUUGGACUUUCGUAACAUUGUGGUCACGUUUUGAAUUUCUGUUAUUCACAGUAGCAGCUUUAGCUGGCUAGAUGUAGAAAAGAACACGUCGUCGUGUGGUGUGUCAAUGAUCUCAAAUGACAUUUUUUGACACUAGAAAUGGUAGAAACACAGAAUUAGUAUUUUUGUUUGCCAAAGUAUCUUAAAAUGAUGUGUUUACGUCUGCUUGGCUUCCAUAGUAUACACGCGGAGUGUUUACAUGAAAUAAUUUAUAUGAAUUAUAAAGAUUUUUCAAAGGUUGUGCUGAAUGGUUUUCACUGGGUCAAACGAUGUGCAUAAUUUGCAGUUAGUAGAAUGUGUGUUCACCUGGUGUGCCUGUGUUAUGCUGGAGCUAAAGGACUUUUGAAUAAUCUCGGGUGUUUGAAAACUGUUUUAUUAAAUGGAACACUGAGGACAA